AUGCUUCGCUGUGAUAAACAAACAUCCACAGCGGAUUUUCAGAGAAAAAGUCAAUCGUAUGGUUUAUCUAAUUUAACACUCGCUCGUUUCUUAAAAAUAUUUUCCAGUGCACUUAUUCCAUUAAUGAUCGGUAUAUUUACCAUCGUUCAGACACUCCAACAGCAAACGAUUGCUGAUGGAACACGAUCAAAAGAUUUGGAAAUAGCAACAUUUCAACGUCAACAAGACAUCGAUAUGGCCGAGAAUUUGCAAAAUGAAACAAUUAUAAUAAAUUAUAUCAAAGAAAUAUGCCAAUUAUUAAUUGAAAAUAAAAACGAUACAAACAACAUAAUUGCCACUGUUAUACGUGCGAAUACUUUAAUCGUCUUACGCCGAUUAGAUCCUAAACGCAAACGAUUGAUCAUACAGUUUUUGUAUGAAGCGAAACUAAUUACUAAAGAUAAUAAUCCAGUUGAUUUGAGUGAUGCCGAACUAAAUAAUGUUGAUUUUACUAAUUCAAUAUUUAAUUCGAUUAAACUAACUGGCGUUUAUUUGAUAAAUUCCACGUUUGUCAAUACACAAUUGACAAAUUCAGAUUUGAGUUCAUCAUAUUUAAAACAAGCAAAUUUUCAAUAUGCAAAAAUAACUGAUUGUAACUUUAACUAUACUCAUUUGCAACAAGCACAAUUCUCUCAAUCUAACAUCGCCUAUGGAAGUUUUUACCAAUCAAACUUGACUCUGGCAAAUUUUAGUUCAUGUGAAAUAUUCAACAGUACUUUCAUUUCUGCUGACUUGAAUAGUUCAAUUUUUUUAUCCUGUGGUAUAGAUAAAGUUGAUUUCAGUUCUGCUCAAUUAUUAUAUACACGAGCGUUAAUGAGCAAUAUUCGCAGUAUAAAAAUCGAUGGAUCAACAUUAUUUCAAUCAACAAUUUUUACACAAUGCGAAUUAUUUGACAUUGAUUUUUCCAAAGCCCAUUUCCAUGAAACCCAUUUUAUACAAUCCAAAAUGAAACUUAUCAACUUUUCAUAUGUAAUCAACGCGCCUAAUUUAUCGUUCAAGAAAUGUCACUUAACUAGAUGUAAAAUCCAUCAUGCUACGUUAAGUGACGCAGAUUUUAGUGACUCAUACAUGAGUGAUGUGGAUUUCAGAUAUGCAAAUUUAUCUGGGUCUAAUUUUGGCUAUGCGGUUAUCGAUUCUGAAGUCGAUUUACGUUACGCUACAUUAACAUUUACAGACUUUACUAAUACCAGUAUAUCUAACUUUGCAUAUUUCCAAUAUGCAAAUUUAAAUGGUUCAAAUAUUAAAGAUAAUCAGCUAAUUCAUCUGCUUUACAAACAUCAGUUGCGUUUACCAAAUGGAAGAAUUUAUAAUUAUUUACUGAAUGGUGAUGCAGAAAAUAAUGGUCUCUGUUCAUAUGAUAAUACAACAAUAGUGUCGAUAUUUGGCUGGAAAUUAUUAACAGGCUCGAUCACAGCUAUUCGAUACAGUGCAACAAACGGAAUGUUCACUCCAGUGCAAGAUACAGACAAUAACUGCUAUUUCUGGGCAAUAAACUCACAAGAGGCUCAAAUGAUGCAAAUAGUUGAUUUAGAAAAUUAUGAUACGCACAUUUAUAAUCAACAUAUUCAAUUGCAUAUGGAAGUUUUGAUCGGACGAGCAAAUAAUGAGGACGACAAGGUGGUGGUCAUCGAUAUCAUGCUAUCAAAUGGAACUGAAUAUAUCCAAAAUUUAACAAUAUGUAACUAA